AGUCCAAGGCCUCAGCAGCUGCCUGCACUGGGUUUCUGCACACUUUCUGAUGAAUAUUCACAAGCCUGCCUGGUUUCCAAUGGAGACAGUAAACACAUCAGGGAUAGCAGAAACUUUCUGGAGGUUUUGCUUGUGCCACAGAGCUCCAACAAAACUCCUGACAAAAUCAGCAGCAGUCCCAACGCAUGCUAUGCAUUAAACCAGGCUUUGCUGUUCCACAGAUUUUGAACAUAAGGUGGUCUCAGCUGCAAGCAGCACUCAUCAUCUUCCUAAGCUUGCUGCUUACAGCUGGAGGCUGAUGUAACAAGUGUUUCUUACAAAAUUGUUGUUACCACAGAAACCUGUUCAGCCUUUGUGCAAUGAAGCAACAUGAAGCAGUAGGAAAUGAUCAUUAAAUAACAUGGAAGCAACACAGUGCUGAGCACUGCCUGUCAGUGCUGGUGUGCACACUCAUUUUCUUAAAGCAGUCCAAAUCUGCAGCUGAAAGAAAGUGUUGGGAGAGGAGGAGCUCUCAAAGCACGAACAAUAGCAGGUUUAACCUUCCUAAAGUUUCAGUAUAUCUGUAAUGAGUGUCAAAAUGGACAUGCUGGAAAAGGGUUCUGGAUUCGGGAGGAACACCUUGACUGGUUCUUGGCAUCCAGCAAGCACAGCUCUGGGGCAACCAGCCUCAGCUCCACCUCUGUCUCGUGGCAGCAUCCGGCUUGGAAGAGCACACCUGGCUGCUAGGUCCAGAGCAGAGGAGCAGACAGCACUGCAGCAGGACCAGGUACAGCAGGAUAAGGUCUGGAGGGAGUCUGUGGAGGCUGAACGAAGAGGAAGGAAAAUCUGGUACCAGAACUGGAGUUUCCUAAAGGACUAUGACCAAAUGGGUAACAAAAAGGAACAGAAGCCUCUACCAGACUAUAUGUCUGUGUUUUCAAACGCAGUUCCCAAUUCCACCAACCAGAACAUUGGCAGCAGGAUGAAUACUGAACUUGGCAAGAUGCUGAUAAACAUGGAUUACCUCUUCAGCAGGGGAGCACAAAAGAGGAAACUUGAAGAUGACCUCCAACUUUCCUAAUGCUUCAAGUAAAAAUACCAGUAACAAAGCAAGUGAGAGAUCUAGCUAAUAGACUUCUUUCAGAUUGAAAAUAGCAGGUAACAAAUUCCUCAUUUUCCAUCAGAGAUCAAUAAUGCUGUCCAGCAUAGAACUUUUUCAAGAGCAAAGAUGUAUGCCACCAAGCAAUGACUAAGGAGACAAUCCUCUUCAGAUUUGAGGUAACUGGGUCAUAUACAGUGAGUCAGGACCACAGAUCCCAUCCAUUUUCCUAUGCAAGGCCAUUAUAACAUUGCUACUAACAUCAGAAAGAGUAAGUUGAGAGCCAAAGGGCAAUUUCUUCCUGAAUUUUUACCUCCUGGAAAGAAACAAUUAAUAGAGAUCAGCUCAGAUGAGUUGUACCACAAAUGACACUGACUGAAAGUCAGUGCAAUAAAAUGCAGUAGGUUGUUGCAUUUCAUCUAUUUAGCCAAGGAUUCACCAGCUUGUCACUUGCAUGUUUAAGCUUGUUCCAAGAGUGAAGUUGAAGGCAUGUAAGAUGUGUUAUAUGCAUUUUCAAGCCUCCCUGCUGAGGGCAGGAAGCCAAUUUUUUUCAGACUGGUUUUCAUUUUUAUUUCUUUGGACUUGCUGUUUUUCCCCUCUG